CGGACCCGACUACGUGUCGCUGUGCAGGCAUUCUGCUAACGGCGAGGCUGUAGCGAUCUGAAGAAGCAAAAAACGCAAGCUGCUCUUUCAUCUCGUCAGCUUUGAGGAGGAGGCGGCGAGGGACCAGGGGUGUCCCCCCGUUUGUGUGUUACUCCGCGUGUGUGCGUGUGUGUGUGUGUUUGUGUGCGUUUGGAACAAGAGAGAGAGGAGAGAGAGAGAGAGAGAGAGAUACGAGGGUAAAACAGAUCGGACGCGCGGCGCGGGAGACAGCCGCUUUUGGACACGUUUUGGAGACAGAAGCUUGCCCGACUGCAAAGACUGCACACGGAAAAAUAAUAUAAACACAACUUACUUUGCAUCACCUCUCCCGUCCAUUAUUUUUUUAAUCGUGUUAUUAAUAUUAUUGCGGGGAGUUUUUGAGCGUCUCCCAAUCUGCUGGACAAGUUUGGCCGCUGAAGGACGCACCUCGGGACUUUGACGCAGACGUCUCCCUGACUUCUUGCUGCUGGACAUGGGCGCAUCUGAGGCCAAACUGCGGUAGACGGAGGGAUCGGAGCCGCUGUCCUCUUUUCCUCCUAUCUCUUGCAGAGUGGACCCACUUUUGAAAGAGCUGUGUGUUUUUUCUAUCUGGGCCUAAGGCCGACUUGUUUAAAGGUCCUUUUUUUGCUUCCGGCAACAGCGAAGAGACCAAGUCUUCCUCCCUCAGCCCUCACUCCCUCUCUCACUUUUUUGGAAGCUGAACUUUUAAAGGAAAAUGGGGCAUUGAGAGGGUUGGCAGAUCUCCCCACGCUAUAAUGGCUACUGACACCUACCUGGUAAACGACGAUCCUGCUAGAGGCCCAGGGAUGCCUGAAUGUUUCCUUGUGUCUGAUACAUAUAGGGAUGAAUUCCACCCCUUCAUCGAGGCCCUGCUGCCCCAUGUCCGCGCCUUUGCCUACACCUGGUUCAACCUGCAGGCCCGCAAGCGCAAAUACUUCAAGAAGCAUGAGAAGCGCAUGUCCAAGGAGGAAGAGCGCGCAGUGAAGGAUGAGCUGCUGGGGGAGAAGCCAGAGAUCAAGCAGAAGUGGGCCUCGCGCCUGCUGGCCAAGCUCCGCAAGGACAUCCGGCCUGAGUUCCGUGAGGACUUUGUGCUCACCAUCACGGGGAAAAAGCCCCCCUGCUGCGUGCUGUCCAACCCCGACCAGAAGGGCAAGAUCCGUCGCAUCGACUGCCUGCGCCAGGCUGACAAGGUGUGGCGGCUGGACCUGGUGAUGGUCAUCCUGUUCAAGGGCAGCCCGCUGGAGAGCACGGACGGGGAACGGCUGGUCAAGUCACCACAGUGCACCAACCCUGGCCUGUGCGUCCAGCCGCACCACAUCGGAGUGUCCGUCAAGGAGCUGGACCUCUACCUGGCCUACUUCGUCCACACGCCAGAAUCCGGACAAUCAGAAAGCUCCAGCCAACAGGGGGACACAGACAUCAAACCACCGCCCAAUGGGCACCUGAGUUUCCAGGACUGCUUCGUCACCUCAGGGGUGUGGAACGUGGCAGAGCUGGUCAGAGUGUCACAGACACCUGUAGCCACAGCGUCGGGUCCCAACUUCUCACUGGCUGACCUGGACAGCAGUCCCAGCUACUACAACAUCAACCAGGUGGCUCUGGGGCGACGCUCCCUCACCUCCCCUCCUUCCACCAGGUCUGAGGUGGAGUUGUACGCAAACCUUCCACGGAGCUCCACCAAGAGGAAGUCAUUAGACGACAGUGAGCUGGAGAGCCCCACAGAUGAUGUUUUCUACCCUGGACGCUCGCCUGCUGCCAGCUCCUCCCAGUCCAGUGCGUGGCCCAACGACAUGGAUGCAGUGCAGCACCAUUUGGCGAGUGUGCAGGAGAGGAAGAUAAAACAUGAAAACGAUGGCGUGCAGUUUCCUUACCAUGGACUGUCCUCGCCUGGUUCACUUAAGAAGCCGGGGAAGUUUGAUUUCAACGCCCUGACUUCCCAGACGAGGUCCCCCCGCAUGGCGUUCACACACCACCCGCUGCCUGUGCUGGCAGGAGUGAGACCAGGGAGUCCCCGUGCCUCAGCCUCAGCCCUGCACUUCCCCUCCUCCUCUAUCAUCCAGCAGUCCAGCCCGUACUUCACCCACCCCACCAUACGCUACCAUCACCACCAGGACCCGCUUAAGGAGUUUGUGCAGUUUGUGUGCACUGACGGCACAGGACAGCCCAGCGCACAGCCUAAUGGAGGUGGCCAGAGCAAAAUGCCGGGCUCCUUCCUGCUGCCCCCGCCACCCCCGGUGGCACGCCCUGUGCCCCUCCCCAUGCCCGACUCUAAAAUCAUCAGCACGCCCACUGACGGCGGACUCAGCUCACCCGCAUCUCCGUCAUACUCCACGCCAGGCUCCACAGCUCCCAACCGGUUUGUCGGCAUCGGAACACGGGACAACUUUCUGAAUAUCCCCCAGCAGACUCAGUCCUGGUUCCUCUGACAAGGCCUCUCUGAAUCAAGAGCUAAAAUUGUGUCAUGAAAAUUGGAAAUUUGAAAAACAAAUGCAUCACCGCUGAUUAAGAACAGACUGCUGACACUAAAAGGUCUUUCUCUCUAGCCAACACUAUUCAAAGUACUACUACAGAACUCCAAAAAAAAAAACAACCACACCACCCCAAGAGGACUCCCAACCCAAUUUGAACAGGAACGUUCGUCCCCCUUUAUGCAGGAGGCUCCAAUGAGAUUGAGUGGACAGACUCAGAAUGCAAGGAAAAGGAAGAUGAACUGUCUCACACAUACACCACGAAAUGUCAAAGGAAACACAAUAUGGCAACCUGACAAACGACCAAUUAUACAUUUGUUGUUUCUUUUUUUAUGAUUUUUUUUAAUUAUUUUGUUGUCUCCACAAUGAAACUCCAUGCAUUGGCUGGGAGAUCCAAAAAAGUAGUGGUAACUGGUGAAGUUGGAUGUGCAAGUUGAAAAGAUUGCCACCCAAAUUUGCACGCCUCCAUAUCUGUGUAUUUCACCACACACCUCUCCUCCAGGUGCAUGGUCCCACCUGACCCCCAUCCCAACACCACCGCCCCAUCUGGAGCUCAGCGUUGCCCAGGGUCCAGAUUGUUAGCCACAGCCACAUGCCUGUGUGUCGCGCCACACUCUGCCGCUCCAUUCGCUCAGCCCUGAGCCUCUUUUCAUUUCCGAUUGGCCAAUCAUGGUGACACCAUCCAAUGGUGUGACAUAUAUGCACUAAGUGGCUGGUCUUUGUUUACCUGUCAAAGUAUCAGGGCGUCCUGCUGUGGGAGAAGUGAUAGCCAUGAGGCGAGUGCGAGCGAGUGAACACACGACAGACAGUCAUAACACUAACUCUACAUGUGCUCUUUCGUCCCCUCACCUAUGCACUAUUAAUUUUUAAUAAGGGAUGAACAGUAUUGCACAUCGAUGGUCAGAUGAGCGAUUAGAGAAGUGAGUCGAGGCUGGCUGCCACUGCAGGGAUGUGGCUAUGCUGACAUUCAAGUCUGAGCCCUGAAACACGCAGCACACAUGCGCACACAAACACUCACACACACAUGCACGCUUGCAGACAGCACAAACAGACCAUCUUCUCCUGAACAGUCUGUCUAACAACCACUCAUAAUAUCACCUUGUUAUUAUUCAUAGACAUGGGAUUUAAUUUACAGUAAUGCACACACAGCAUCAGCUUCAUAUUAUUAGUUUUCAUUUUGUUUGUAGGUGUUUUCUUGCGAUUUCCUUUUAUUUUUGCCAGAUUUGGUUUUGUUUUUGUCUCACUUGGAUUGUUUUAACCUUCUCUUGCAUGUCAUAACACUUUUUCUGUAGUUUGCAGUAACACGUUAACGCUCGGAUUUCAGCGAAACAGAUUUCAACGAAACAGUAACAGCAGUUUCUCAAAUCUCUCACGUAUGGACAGCACAGUAACAACAGCUCAUCACAUGCAUCCCUUGCAUUGCUUCACCCUGUAUCCCUUAGUCCAGUCACAGGAAAACCUUGAGGACAACACACACACACACACACACACACACACACACACACGCACGCACACAGAUAGACGCACAUAUAUAUUGCACACUCACACCACCAACACCCAGACAUAAGAUAAUAAAGGGAAGCCUUUAUAUUUGGUUCUCCAAACUGCCUUUGUUAAUGGUUUUUCAUUCACUUAAGAUUUGUCUUUUUAAUUUGAGAUAUUUUUUUCUAUGUAAAUGUUCACAUUGAAAUUUGCUAUUGGUAUUAUUUUCAUCAUGACACAAUCCAACAAACGCCGACCUCACAAAAUAACUGGACUGCCUAGCUGUUGGUUCUGUUUUGCAGGGAUAGUAAACAGGGCUGAGACCCUGUUCUCAGCCUCUCUAGUAACAUUAGCUCUAUGUACUAAAACCAUAUAUCAAGACUAUAACAAUAUAUGAAAGUGCCUCUGUAUUCCCUUCAUGCAAUUAGUAAUAAACUUGACUUCAGGUUCUCUUCCCACAUAUAAGCUAAAGCUACAGGGAAUGGUAGCGUUGGUGCAUGUGGAAACCAUUGGCCUAGGACAGAUCUUUAUAGAGGACUGCAAACUUUUUUUUUGUAAAGACAGAGAGAGAGAGAUCUUAUACAUAUAUAUUUAUGAUAUAUGCUCCUUUUUAACUUUUACUACAUGAGCUGGUUGGCAGUCUAGUUAUUUUCUGAACUCUCACCAUACCCCCCACCCCCCACCCCCCCACAACCCGUUUCAGUAACAUCACCUUACUGUUACCAGUACGAAUCAAACGACACACGCCAUCGCCAUCUGCAGCGCAGCAUUAUAAUACCUAGAUGAACAUGUCAAAAAUCGACAGUAGGUUUGAAGAAAAAAAAGUGUUUGUUUUUUUGAUGGAAAGUAUUAUUAUUGAAAAAUAUGUGUCGAUUGAGCCACGUGCAAUGCAUUGGGUAGAUCAUUGUGUUUGUCUGUUAGAGAUUUUUAAGAAAGCUAAGAGAAAAGAGAAAAAAAAUGUAUUUGUUUCAAGUCCGCACGCUCCAGGACUCUAAACUAGAGGGCCAUGAAAAAUCCUAGUCUUUGUAAGUUGGGGGUAUUUGUUUUUAUUUCCUUUUGUCUCUUUUUUAAUGUUUUAUGUGUAAUCAGUUGUUUAUAAAAAUGUGGGAGGGCUGAAGGAAAAAAAAAAUUCUACACAACUUGAGAAAAAAAAUUCUCUAUCAUCAGAUGAAAACUGGUGCUUUAACACUAUAAAGUACAUUCAGAACUAUUGUAAAUGAAUGGUAAUGAACAAAAAUAACAGACCAUUUAGGAAACAGCAUUAUUCCUCUCUCUAUUUUUAUUCUUCUUCUAUUUGUAUUGAGCGGGGGGAGAGGUUCCUAUUCCUUAAGGUUGUGACACAAAAGGCAUUUUGGUUCAACCUUUAGAAAAAAACAAAACAAACCUAUACUGUCAAAAAACACUUCAGAUAACUUUACCCGUGCACUGCCUGAAACUCACCAGCAAAAAACAGAACAAACCCUCCCAAAUUAACUCGUUUUUCUCUCAUACAUUGGCAUAAAUACAUGACAAGUUCCUCCCUGUACGGCGGGAGAUGCUUCACAUCCAGAAAUCUUUUAUUCCCAUGAUCAUGUUGAUAUGUUUCUGAAUCUAGAGCUGGAUAACGUUCAGCAGGUUGUGUUGAGACGCACAUGCAAUGGAAAGAGUAAUAGGUUAGACCUUUUGUAUCCUGCACAGAUAACAGAAACAGAAAAGGGGCGAAAAAAAAGUAGCUUACAAUCAGGAGAAAAAAAAAAAAUAGGUCUAAACUAUUUAUGAAAACAGGCAGCAAGGUGAGCCUCUCCCCUGUUCCACCCCCUCCUCUGUAAAUGACUCUUAUAGUGCUUGUGCUGUAGUGUAUAGUUUCCCAGCAGUUAAAGGUUGUCCCUUAAAAGUGCCUUUUGUUCACAGACUCCAUUUUGUAAUCCAGAUCGCCCCUUUUUUUCGAAACGGCUCGAGGUAGCAGGUUGCCCCUGAGUGCCAUUAGGAGGCAAAAGGUUGUCGCCCAUUCAGCGCUACGGGGCAACUUUUUUCCCUCCCGCCUUCGAAAUGAAUCCCCUCCAUUGUACCUCCCCUAUAUCCUCUCUUCCUUUUCAAAGCCGUAUAUAUAUACAUAUAUAUAUAUAUAGUACAAAAGGAAACUGGUGUGAAUUAGUUCUUUACUUUUUAUUGAUAAAUGAUGACAAAAAAAAAACAUUUUUUGAAAAGGCAAAAAAACUUGUUCUCGUUGAGCUCUUGCUUUUUUCUUCCCCUCUGUCUCCACUGUCUGUUUUCUCUUAGACACUGGAGUAGUCUGUAACUGUGUGUCCGUCACUCUCCGUCUCUCUCUCUCUCUCUCUCUCUCUUUCUCUCUCUCUCUCUCUCUCUCUCUCUCCUGCCCUCUCUGCUGUUGGGAGGGUGAAAAAAAAAUAUUGCCGAAAAACUUUUGUCUGAGCAGAAUGCAGUUAGCUCACAUGUUAUUCUUGUCUGUAUGCUUCACAUUGUAUUACCAUACCCAUCUUCUUCAGCUUCUCCAUUCAACAGCUAAUGUAAGUGAACAAAUUACGCUGACGGGCUUUUGGGGGUGUCCUUGGGUGGGUUAGGAAAGGGACGACAGGGGUUCAGGGGUUUGGGUUGAAGAGGUUUACGGAGAAGAUUAACGGGGUCGAGAGGGCUUGAUGAACUGCUUUGGGAUGUUGGAAAAGGGGCUGCUUUGACUAGGAUAAGAGUUUGCUCUUUUGUUUUAGCUAUUUAUUUUUGGCUUCGUUUUAUUCCCCCCCUUUCUUUGUUUCUUUUUAAUUUGGAUUUCUUUUUAAUAUUUGCUAUCAGGGUAUGCUGUCGUUUAGGCCUUCUUGGAGAAUGCCUUUGGACUGUAAAUGAAAGCUACAAGCACCUUAUAACCGGACUUGUCCUGCACGAGGCUGAAAGGGGGGUUGCAUUUCCAGGACAUAACCCACAUCCAUUCAAACCAAUCUCUUAAAGUGAAGUAUUAUUGUUCAUGGUGGGUUUCACACAGUGAAACCCUCAGCAGUAUUAGCCAUUUACAACACACCAACAAGAUAGAUAAAAGGCCAGCAUGAACCUGAUUGCUCCGAUUUUUCGAGGAUUCAGGGAAGCCCCUCCAUUUUUCUCCUCUGACCACCAAAUGCUGGACUGCUCCGUGUCUUUGUUCUGUUGUCUAUUUUGUUCUUUAUCUUCUUAAGCGUGUAUGGUUAUUGGUGUAAUAGGCAGCACCCUAGGCCCCGACUCCCAGCUCUUCUACGCCUCUGUCUACGCCCUCAGUGCAGCACCACUUCUUUGUGAGAACACCCCCAGAGCUCUAGGUGAAAUGCAUGUGUUAAUUACAGUUUCUUUUCCAUAAGAAGAAAAACACAGUUUGAGAAGAGCAGCACCUGAUUGAAUAAAAAGGAUGUUCUUGACUGUA